GCAGCCCGGGAGGUACCGAGAGCCCGGUGGCGGAGCGGCGGGCCUCGGUUUCCCUCACGGAGCCGGCGGCGGGGUGAGGACAAACACGGCCCCGGGACGCAGGCCCACGCGUCCCCGGGCUCAGCCUGGCACCGGGGGACCCGUCCAACGGGCGACCCCGGGGCGCCGCAGGGCCCGUAACCGCCCGGCCCGGGCCGCGGGACCAGCCGCCCGCCACGCUUCCUGUUCCCGCGCUCUUCCGGGAAUUAGUCCCCGUGCUUUUCAAAUAAAGCGUUUGCGUUUAGGGAACGUUUGCUCUUCUGAUGUCGCUGUAAUCGCUUACUUUGUGCUUGUAACUAAACCCCAGAGGGCUUUUCAGGAGAAAACACUUAAGCUUUUAAUUAGUUCAAGCUCCAGUGUCCCGGCUGAGACCUGACGUCUCUAACUUGAGUUUCGUCGUCAGUCCUGCUAUCUCGGCCGACAAAUCGCUUGACUGACCAGUUAUUAUCAGUUCGCAAAAACGUCCGCAGGGAGUUCGGCUUUUCACCCAGCUCUCAGUGAAUGUGUAAGAAGCUGUGGUUUGAGUUUGGUCCUACAGCUUGCCCAGAUACUCUAGCUAGCCCUUAAAACUGCCCAAGUUACAAAGUUUCCUGCGGUAUUUGAGAAUGAAACGAAAUGACAUUUUAUGUGUAAAGAAUAUUAAAAGUGAGGCUGGAGAGAGCGGUUAGAGGACAAGGCCUGAGUUCAGUUCCCAGGACCCGGGCUGCACUGCUCACAAGCUCCAGCCAGUAUCCCAACUCCAGGGGUGCUGUGGCCCCCUUUCUAGAUUCUGGGGACAUCUGCAUUCACAUAUGCCCAGGCUCACAUUCAUACACAUAAUUUUAAAAGAACGUUGUUUGAGACACAGUCUCACUUGUCUAGCUCUGGCUAGCCUGAAGCUCUUUGUAGACCAGGCUGGCCACAGUCUCACAGAGAUCCUUCUGCAGCUGCCUUCCAAGUGCUAUGAUUAAAGACUUGUGCCACAGAAAUGAAUGAAUGAACGAAUAUGAAAGGUAACACAAAUACUUUACCUCGUGCCUUUUUGUCUAUAUUGUAUGCUGAAAUCUCAAGGCAGAUUCCUGAGGUAAAACGUGUUCAACUUAAGGAAUGCUCUACUUUAGUUACAGUAAUAGCCAAGAACUAUGGGAUGUUAGUGCUGGAAGGCUUUUCAAAGAUCCCGCAUAGCACACACAGUACACGCUAUUAAGUCAUUGUGGAGGACUAAACAAAGUAUUUUGUCUUGAUCUCAGGAAGGUUUUUCUUCUUUCUCCAAACUAGUGAAUUAGGAAGCCACAGAGUGUGUUGCUGCGUGGAGCACCAGAUGCUAUCCUAGUUUUUAUAGUCUGUCUAAUAGGCUCUGCAUAUUGGCAUAGGAAGGGAGCAGAAACAGAAUCCCCUUUAAGUUCAUUUGCAUCUGAAGCUGUGAGUGUUCAAUGCAGUUCAUGAAUUAUCAGCAUCUAAUAAAAGCUUGUUUAAUCUUCCACAAUGUUCUAAAAUAUUUCAAAGGCUUUACCAUGUUUUCAUUUUAGAUUAAUAAAAAUAGACUUUGUUGUCUAAAGUACAGAACUUAUUAACAGUAAAUGGCAAGAAAACACAACCGCACAACCUUGCUGGUUUGUGUUUUGUCAGAAGGACACUGCCAAUUUAAAUUUACCUAACUUCCACACCUUACUCACCUUUCGUUCGUUGGGUUUGAGUUCAACAUUGAAUAAAUAAAAUACUUCCAAGAUUCACAAUCCUUUGUUUUUUAACCAAAAGCCAGAAGGUCUCAAAAUGAGUUUCCCAAUGAGUUUAUAUUACUGUGGGACUCCACCAUGCAGUGGUGAGCACUGUAGACUUUGAGUUUACACACUGUGCUUUAUAGUAGUUUCAGAAAUUGAAGUUUGGACAAAGUGAGCAGUUUGCUUCUAGAAUAAUUACAGCUCAGGUUUCCCAGUUUUUAUCCUAUUAUGUACAGGUAAUGCAUUUCUUCCUAUGGCUUUGCUCAUAUGUUGAUAUAAUAGUUUUCAUAAUUGAAUAUGGAAUUUAUAAGGAAAUCUUAUUAAAAAAAUUUAGCCAGUAAUAAGUUGAGUCAUAAGACGUGUUUUUAGAUCAACACCUAUGCAUAUUAUCACCCAUUUUCAAGGAAUGGUGUAGUAAAUUUUCUUACUCUAACAUGUUACAUUUUCCCCUCUACCUUCCUUCUGACCAUGUUACAUUCACCUCACACUGUGGGUUCCCUCCUAAAUGCACUCCAAGGCCUAAGUGCUAAAGCUUGUUUGCCUGCGCUAUUGGAAGGUGGGGCCCUUAGGAAGUGAGGCCUAGUGGAAGGGAGGUAAACAAGCCUCCCUCCCCCAUCUUAUAUCAAAGUGAGCAGCCCCUCCGUCUGUGUCCCUGGCAUGAUGUAUUGUGCUGCCAGAGGCCCAGGUCAACAUAGUAUUACAAAUCUUAAACAGCCCAAUGGUGUAUAGGCUCUGGGGUGUCCUUGGGUGCUUUCUUUAUUUAGCUAACACAAAUUAUCUUUUUAGGAAGGUUAGAACUUUAUUAGAUUACCCAUGGAUGAGGCAGAACAAAACUGUCAGAACAGAAAUGGAACCUGAGUUUAUCCUGAUUAGAAAGGCCUGUGUCAUGAAGUAUGACCAUCAUCUGGCAUAAGGUUGACCAUAUUCUGACUUCCUGAAUAAAGGCAUUUUCACAUUUGAGUGAGUUUAAGAACUGGAAUGGGUAUGAGAGAGCCCAAGUCAUGCUCUUGUCAGAUUUAAGGCACUAAGAAAUAGACCACAAUGAAUGGCCUUUUACACUAUAGAGGACUAAACCUACUUUUCUGGGGCCCAAUCCAUUUGAUUGCUUUAUGUGGAGUUCUGCUAUGUUUAAAUAUAACCUGUGUCAAACUCCCAAUUUUAGUUGUUAAUUAAGAUUUCUAGUUCACCGAGUAUCUUUUCAUAUAUGCUAGCAUUAGUCAAUUACUAAAAAUUAUUCAAAUCCCUAAUUUACUCUGACGAAUACCAGAAGUUCUUAAAAUUUGACUUUAGCUCUGCAACUGAGUCUCAGAGUUAUUUUUAAUGAUCUUUGUUGUCUUUUUCUGCAAAGACCAGACAUGGCCUUGGGAUACUUUUCAAUAACUUUAUUUUUAGCAGGUUGGUCUGGGCACUCAAACCCAAGGGCCAGCACACAUACUAUGUAAGCGAUCCUCCACUGCACUGCACCCCAAGCUUAAACAACUCACCUUUAGACAAACUGGUAACCAUUUAUUGGAAUUAGUAUCCAAGAUAAGGUUGUUUGUCCAUUCUUGUAAGAAAGGUUGUAAAGCAAAAUUUUCUAGUAUAUGAGAGCUACUAGAACUCUGUAGUCAUCUUUGCUCAUCAAGUCAUCUUUUGCUUGAAUUGUUGGCAUUAUGUUGUCCAUUAACUAAUUAUUAUGAAUAAAUAGUUUGAGAAUCCCAAGUGUUAUGUUAGGACUGGUUAGGAUCAACUCCAAAUUCUAAGCAUGCCUAAGUUUAAUUUAAACUUAUUAGUUGAUUUAUUAACAGAUGCAAGUUAAUCAAUCAUUAGGUAAUUAGUGCAAAGAUGACAUAGACAAGUCAUGAAAAUUGAUUCUAUGUGAAAAACCCAGAACUAUAACUACCCCACACAUAGGCCAAACUGGAAGAAAAUCCAAGGCUCAGGACCUCAGCAGCAAAAUUUCUGGCCUAUAUUGCUGAUAAGUAGUUUCAGCUGUGUUCCUCCUCCUCUGCCUGCUACAGUCAAUUUACUUAGUCUGUUUUACCAUCUAUUUGUAAACCUCAGUAAACUACAGCUUUCUCAUAGGAUGAGCUUGUCUUGUGGCUGUGAUAACUGCCUCAUGGAUACUUUCUCUAUAUUCAGUUUGAUUCCAAAGAUUGUAUAGCCCAAAAAUAUAUUUUUAAUUUUGAUAAUAUUAAAACAAUUAGUUGUAUUUCAUAGAGCUAAGUACAAGGUCAGAAGAGUUUUGAACUUUAUGACGUAAAUUGCCACUUGGAGGCCAAUGUAAAGCAGUGCUUUGAGAUACAAGAACGCUUUCGUUGUGCUAGCUUAAGGAUUGUUAAGUUAGUGUGUGCAUCAUCUAGGAUUUACCAGCCUUGGAAAUUUCUUUUUAGAAUAAUAUUUCAACUACUCUGUUAUUUCAGUUUUUAUUAUUUUUGAUAUAUAUUUAAUUUUAUCAUGCAUUGCUAUAAAUUAUCACAAAUUCUAUGAUGAAAACCACAGGAAAUAAUACAAAAUAAUGCUUGAUAUAUUUAAAGACUAGUAUUUUUUUUGUUUUGUUUUUUGUUUUUCGAGACAGGGUUUUUCUGUAGCUUUGGAGCCUGUCCUGGAACUAGCUCUUGUAGACCAGGCUGGUCUCGAACUCAGAGAUCCGCCUGCCUCUGCGUCCCGAGUGCUGGGAUUAAAGGCGUGAGCCACCACCGCCCGGCUAAGACUAGUAUUUUUAACUAAAAUGUUUGCUUACAUUUAAUCUAUGCCCUGAAUGAAAUGCAUAUGAGAAAACAGUUUUUAUCAUUCAAUGACCAUUGAUCUAAAUUCAGGCUUUCCCCUUGUAAAAGUAUAUUUCUACAUUAUAUAUGUAUUUAACCAAAAUUUUGACCCAUAAAAAUUAAUUAUUUAAUAAAUAGUAAAAAAUGUUCUUGUCAAAAAUCUAUCCUAAUGUAAUUACCAGUUUAUUAUCCUGGUAGGCAUGAGGCUCCAUUGUAACUUGAAAAUAAAAUGCAUUGAAUACAAUUAAUUUUCUGAAUUUUGUAGCUUAGCGAGAGUAUUUACCUUUGUGAUCCUGUAACUGGCAGAAGAGCUGUGGCUUACUGUUAAUGCCCAGCAUUCCAAGAAACUGUCAAACCACAUAUUGCUAGCUCAAGAAAAGACAACAAUUCCAACAUUCAAGGACAGUAUCACUUCCACACCAUUAUAAAUUGAGGAGGCUGUCUGUACAGAGUGAAUUUUCUUAGAAUAACUAGCCUAUUUAGUGUAUCUUUUUAAAUGAGAAUGAUGAUUGUAUACAUUUCUAAGCUUAUACUUUGUGUUUAUAUUAAAGCAUUUAUGUUUUUCUUUUUACUGUUUGAGCACAUCAGAGACCAGAAAUAGCUGGAAUGCUAUUUUAAACCCAAAAUCUAUUUAAACACUUAUUUAAUGCUGCUUAAAUGAAGAAAGAUAUAUAAAACAUCCAAAACUCCACCUGGUAACUAUCCUAUUGAAACACUGGUCAAUAUGUCACUCAAUCCAAGUCGACCUUCUUCAUCAGAGCUGGUGGAACUUCAUGUUUUUUAUGUCCCUGAAGGAUCGUGGAACUAUAAAUUAAAUACUAUUUCAAUAGAAGUUAUUAACAAGUUCAUUUCUGCUGGAUUUAUAAGAGUAUCUCCUGAACUUACUUUACAAGCUCUGAGGGAGCGCCUUGGUGAGUUUCUCGGUGUAGAUGCUGUUGCAGAAAAAUUUUUAUUUCUAAAAUGCAUUGGAAAUAAUUUAGCUGUGGUGAAGGAAAGGCAAGAAUCAGAACUGAAACUCAAAGCAUUUGCUCCUCCAUAUGCUCUUCAGCCAGAAUUAUAUUUGCUUCCUGUAAUAGACCACUUAGGAAAUGUUUAUUCAGCAUCUUCACCAGUUACUUUAGAUGAACGGCACAGUAAUAAUGAUACCACAGAGAUUGAUGGAAUAAUCCACAGACCAGAUAGUAUAACUUUAUCAAAGGAUGAACCUGGAGAUCCAACUGUGUUGGAAAAUGUUUGGAAAGACUUUACAAAUCAAGAAGAAGCUGAGGAAGGCCAGACUACACAAAACCACCAAGGAAGUUCUGAGGUGCCAGGAUCAUUGGAAGAGUCAAAUGAUUGUUUGGGGAACCUAAAAAGUCCAUAUCUUUGGAAAGAUGAUGAUGAUAAUACAGCUAUCAAUAGAUGGCAGGCCAAACCGGUGCAUGACAAGGAGCACAUCACCCUACCAGAUCUUAUUGAUUUUCCUUCAUUUCCUUCUCAGCGAGUUUCUUCAAGAUUAACAGAUUCUUCGUUGUUACAAAUUGAGAGAGAGAAGAUUAUUGAACAAAUGAAACAAGUAAAGGAAGAAAGAAAAUAUCUGGAAAAUGUUAGAGAAGAACUAUUAAAAAAAGUUGAAAAGCUGUUUGAACAAAAUAAAUCAAAACGAUAUCAUGUCUGUGAUAGCUGGAAGAAAAAAUACUUGGAUACCAAGAAAGUCACAGCAUCAUUGGAGGAAGUUUUAACAAAACUUCGAGAAGAUUUGGAACUUUACUAUAAAAAACUCCUCAUGCAGCUUGAAGCCAGGGAGAUCAAGAUGCGACCAAGGAAUCUGGCAAAUAUCUCAGAUUCAAAGAAUUAUCUUAUAAUCCAGAUCACUGAAGUACAGCAUGCAAUUGACCAACUUAAGAGAAAAUUGGAUACUGAUAAAAUGAAACUCAUAUUAGAAGUUAAGAUGAGGAAACAAGCAGUUUCAGAUUUACAGACACUGAAAGCUGAACUGACACAGAAGAAAAUGGGUACAUCCUUUCGACCACCAAUAUUUUCUGGAAGUGUGCCAACUUAGGAGUUCAACAGAUGAAGAUUGUUUGUGAUAAAUCGGCCAGAAGAACAGGGAGCAUUGGCUGCUGCAAUACAUUCUGACCAGAUCUGACUUUGCUCAUCGUAAGACAUCACGAAGAGAAAAUCACAGGCACCCGCAAUUCCAGUGUAAUUAUAGCACCUUUUGUCUAUGUUCUUUGGUGACCAAGCUACAUCAAAGGUUACCUGUGGAAAAAAACUGCAUAUUAUUUUAUAUAACAUGGAAAAGUAUAUUUUACCAGAUUUUUAUCAUUCUCUUGCCUCAUUCUACUCAAGAAUAAAGAACUGCUUACAAUGUAUGCGUAGGUGAUUGGACGUGUGAGGAAGAGGUCUAAUAAAUAUAUUUUGUUACUA